AUGGAAUCAAUCUCUGGCAAGUUUACUGUUGCAGAUCCAGACCUUCAAAUGAUCCAUAACGAAGAGGAUAGCCCGAGUCUAAUUCUUGCAGUUGAGGCUGGCUUCUCACAACCAAGUGCUGAUUUGGAGCUCAGAAUUAAAGAGCUAUUCAGGAAGACAUCUAUUCAAGUAGCCAUUCUGGUUGAUAUAAAGGAGAAACCCGAUUACAAAAAUCCGCUCGCACGCCAGAAAAAUAUCGAAAUUCUAAAAUCAGAGCAAGACUAUCUCCACGGCCAGCCUAAAUUUCUGAUCCAGCAGUACUGUGAAAUGACUGCGGCAGUGCAGGUAUUCGGAAAAGACCCUGAGACCAGAGAGCCAGUGGAAAAAACUCCGAGGAUUACAUUUUUCGGUGAACCCAAGCUAGUGAGCGGGUCCACGGGAACUCCCGCCCAUGAAGCACAUCCAGAUCUGAACACAAAAAUAUCUGAUUUCGUGCAACGAGAUGACGAGAUCUACCAAAAAGAGUUAACAUUCCAAUGGGAUAUAUUGAGGAAAGAGCUUGAGCGGGCUAGGCGGCAUCUUGCGCUGGGAAGAUACUUAACUGCUAUUCGCAAACUCAAAAGCGAUGGUAAGAUAUGA